UGGAUCGCGUUCACCCGAUUCUCCUUGCAGCGGGCAGUGAGCUCAGGCAGCAGCCCCGGGAUGGAGCACUACCGCAAAGCCGGCUCCGUGGACCUCCCGGCGCCGUCCCCGAUGCCCCAGCUCCCUCCGGACACCCUGGAGAUGCGGGUCCGAGACGGCAGCAAAAUCCGCAACCUGCUGGGGCUGGUGCUGGGCCGUUUGGAGGGCGGCAGCACAAGACACGUGGUGUUCUCGGGUUCUGGCCGGGCUGCAGGGAAGGCUGUCAGCUGUGCCGAGAUUGUCAAGCGGCGGGUACCAGGCCUGCACCAGCUGACCAAGCUGCGCUUCCUGCAGACUGAGGACAGCUGGGUACCAGCCUCACCGGACACGGGCCUAGACCCCCUCACAGUGCGCCGACACGUGCCUGCCGUGUGGGUACUGCUCAGCCGGGACCCCCUGGACCCCAAUGAAAGUGGCUACCAGCCCCCAGGGGCACCCCCUGGCCUGGGCCCCACGCCUAGCUCCAGCUGUGGCCCCCGACCCCGAAGAAGGGCUCGAGACACGCGGUCCUGAAGACCAGCUGAGCAGGCUGUUCUCCAAGCCUGAAUGUCUAGGGUGGCUGUGCCUUCUCUGGAAGCCUCUACAGCUGCUCAACAUCCCCAGCAAGACUUGAGUCCACAGCAGUGGGCCUCCCUGUGCUGAUUCCCCUUCCCUCUGGCGUAUGCCAGGGGCUGCUACAAAGAGUGACAGGUGUGGGCUCUCAGCUGGGUUCUGGUUGCUGAAGAAGGGCUUACUCUGUCUUCCAUCGACAGCGCCUCUGAUCUGCCUGCAGACAGGUCCAGGGAGGGGGUUAGGAAAUAAAAGUUCUGCCGUUUGUCUGUC